UAAAAUUUAUUUAAUUACUGUGUAUUAUUAUGUAUUAUGAAACAUAAACAUUCAUGUUCAUGACUAAAUCUCAUUGCUGUUGAGGAUCUCAUACGGACUAAUAUUUAUACUAUAACCAUAAUUUGACAUGGCUGGAUUUUUUAUCUGUUUUCACUUUUGGCGCCAAACACCAAAAAAAACGAUUACAGGGCAAACGUUGAUUGCAGUGUGUUUUAAGUUGUUAAACUUAACAAGAUCUAUCAAAAUGAAUCAAUUGAGUAAUGGUGUGUCUAAAACAAGUAAUGGUGUGUCUAAAUUAAGUAAUGAUUGUGGAAAUCAUGAUGAAUAUCACUACUUAAACUUGGUGAAACAAAUUAUAGAUACAGGAGAUAAGCGUGUCGACAGGACAGGUGUAGGCACUCUAUCUAUAUUUGGAGCAAUGCAAAGAUAUUCCUUAAAACAUAAUAUACUGCCUCUACUUACUACCAAGCGUGUCUUCACGAGAGGGGUGAUUGAAGAACUACUUUGGAUGAUCUCUGGUUCUACAGACAGCAAAAAAUUAACACAGAAGAAUGUUCAUAUUUGGGAUGCCAAUGGGUCUAAAGCUUUCCUUGAUAACUUAGGUUUUACAGAACGAGAAGAAGGCGAUCUUGGCCCGGUCUAUGGCUUUCAAUGGAGACACAGUGGUGCCAAAUACAUAGAUUGUACAACUGAUUAUACUGGACAAGGAAUAGAUCAAUUGCAAAGAGUUAUACAUACAAUAAAAAACAAACCAGCAGACAGAAGAAUAUUAAUGUGUUCCUGGAACCCAACUGAUCUUGAUAAAAUGGCAUUACCGCCUUGCCAUUGUCUUGCUCAGUUUCAUGUUGCUAAUGGUAGACUCUCCUGCCUAUUGUAUCAAAGGAGUGCAGAUAUGGGACUUGGUGUACCUUUUAAUAUUGCCAGUUAUGCCAUUUUAACUCAUAUGAUAGCUCACAUAACUGGUCUUGAGGCAGGAGAAUUUGUUCAUACUACAGGUGAUACUCAUGUGUACCUCAAUCACAUAGAACCUCUUAAAAAACAAUUAGAAAGACACCCUAAGCCAUUUCCAACUUUAGAAUUUACCAGAAAAAUUGAAUCAAUAGAUGAUUUCAAAUAUGAAGAUUUUAUAAUUAAGGGUUAUGAACCACAUCCUAAGAUUGAAAUGGACAUGGCAGUAUAGAAUUUUACCUUUUAUGGACAUCAUUAUCAUAUAUUUAAUAUAGUUUCCUGCUUUGGUAAGACAACAUUUAUACAGGAAUGACCAUUACCAUAUUUAGUCCUUAAAUAAGUUUAAUUAUGAAAUUAAAAGUAAAAAAAAAUCAUAAUAAGUAAUGGUGACUAAAUUGUGUGAUGCUUACUAAAACAUACCAAAUUUGUAUUUUAGCCAGUAUUUUAGCAUAAGAUUAUGAAUC